AUGGCGCCCCGAAUGUCCCGAUCACUCGCGUCCGCGGCUCCCGAUGCCCAAGCACACGAACCUGCCGAUGACGGAAUGAGCCUCGAUGUUCCUGAACAACUUCUGACACCCGAGAACAGUCGCUCGGAGACAUCGAGCAACAAUGAGAACGCGUUGACCGACGAAAAACCCGCUGGACGGCGUAGGUCAACACGGGUCGCACGCGCAUCUUUGCGGGCUGGUGAGCCUCUCGACGACACACCCGAGACAGAGGAACCCGCGACAUCAUCCAGCGAGGCCUAUGUCGAUAGCCUUGCCAAGGCGAAACGAUCACACUCCUCGCUCCGCCACAGCAUUGCCGUAAUGGAAAACUCACUGUGGAGUGCUACGCCUGUCAGCGAAAACGCCGCGGCCGAUGACCACUCAAUGGCCCCCGAUACUCCCGUCUCGAAGUCUUCGCAUGACAUCCGAUCUGACGAUAUGAACACAUCACUCCAGCAACGGACUUUAAGAAAUCGGGUCGAAAAAGCGUUAACUCAAGAUGGAGAGAACAGCGCGGCUAAGCCAACUCCGCCUCGAACCAGUUCUCGUAAAUCUCUUCGGCGGUCAGGUCGCAUCGGUCUUCUGGAUAAGGCCACUGAUAUCGUCGAAAGGGCCAGCAGUAUUCUAGGGAAGCGCACAAGAGGCUUGGUUGAUAAGGAUCUCGGCCGGCGUGCUAGUUUGCGACCUCGCAACACCGCCCCCUCGACAGAGGCAGUCAAUGAGCCUACGUCCAAGAAGCGCCGGGUAUCAGAAAGUGAUAUUUCUAAGCUAAAGGAUCAAGACGUGGAGCCGGAGGAGACCCCAGCACCGGCUUCGCCACGACCUAAGCGUAAGAUCUGGCUUUCACAGGGACUUUACACAGGCCAGCAACCAUCAGACUCGCCGCCUAAACAGCGCCGCAGUAAGAACUCCAAGAAGACCGGUACUGGUCCUAUGCAGCGUACAAUUCUUCCCAUGCCAAUGUUCAAGGGCGCACGGCUUUUGAAGAACGGACGGGAUUUCCAGCUACCAUUCGACAUUUUCUCGCCCCUCCCGCCUGGCCAACCCAAGCCAGACGAGUGGCGUAAGACCAACAAGAAUGUUUUUGUUGGUGAUGCAGGGAGUUUCUGGAAAGCAAACAAAAACCUCGAGCUGUCACUUUGUAUGUGUACUGAAGAUACUGGUUGCGAUGAAAACUGCCAGAAUCGCUACAUGUUCUACGAAUGUGACAACGGGAACUGCAGACUAGGUCCUGAGUGCGGAAACCGAAACUUCGAGGGCCUCAAGCACAGAACCAAGGCCGGAGGCAAGUAUAAUAUUGGCGUCGAAGUCAUCAAAACGGCAGAUCGUGGGUAUGGCGUUCGCAGCAAUCGCUCCUUCGAGCCUAACCAGAUUAUUGUGGAAUACACUGGAGAAAUUCUCACCCAGCUUGAGUGUGAAAAGAGGAUGAGAACGGUCUACAAGAACAAUGAUUGCUAUUACCUGAUGUAUUUUGAUCAAAACAUGAUCAUCGAUGCUACCCGCGGAUCAAUUGCUCGCUUCGUCAAUCACGCCUGUGAGCCCAACUGCCGCAUGGAAAAAUGGACCGUUGCUGGUAAGCCACGCAUGGCUCUCUUUGCGGGAGACCGCGGAGUCUCAACUGGAGAGGAACUGAGCUAUGAUUACAACUUCGAUCCAUAUUCCAACAAGAAUGUGCAACAGUGCCGUUGCGGUUCAGCAAAUUGCCGAGGAUUCCUUGGUCCGCGUUUAAAGGAUAAGCAGCAGCGUGCCAAAGAACUUGAAGACAAACUCAAAGCCGAGGGAGGCUCUAAGAAAGCCGCUGCGAAGAAGAUCGCUGGCAAAAAGCGGAAGGCUUCUGAAGAGUCUGAUGAUUCCGAUUCUACCUCUGAUUCCGAUUCCGAUUCUGAUUCUGAGUCCGACUCCGACUCCGACUCCGAUGUGCCUGCCCCGAGCAAAAAGCGCAAGACGAUUACGGCCAAAUCAAUCAAGGCCGGAGUGAAGAAGGUUGUCGCAACUGUUCGUGGGAAGAAGACUACUAAGAAAACAACCACCGCCAAGGCCGCUGUCAAGCUGCCAACGGUCAAAACCACCGGGCGCGUCAAGGCUACUGUGCGAGGUUCCAAGGCAGUCAAGGAAACCAAAACCACCAAACCUACUAAGACCACCAAGACCACCAAGGCCACCAAGGCCACCAAGGCCACCAAGCCAGCUAGCCCAGCUAAGCCCAAUAAGCCAAAUAAACUUACCAAGGCACCACCAGCUUCUCCUGCCAAAACAGGAUCUCAGCUGAAACGACCAUCUGCCGAGACCAAGAAGAAAAUCCUUGCUGCCGCUUCCAAGGGCUCCGGGGUUUCUCCUCGGAAGCCUGCUGCGCGAAAGGCACCUACUAAGAGCCCCGUUAAGGCCAAAAUGCCUGCUGCCAAGCCCAAACCUGACACUAAGAACAGCCUUGCCAAGGGCGUUAAGAGCGUUGCUCGGCGAUAUGUGAAGGCUGUCAAGGGACAAAAGAAAUGA